CACACUCGCUUGAGCUCUUGGGAUGAAAGCACGUCUCUCACAUACCGCAAGGAUAUAUUUAUACUUCUCAUGCGCUCGGAUGCCACAGUCUGUAUCCGAAUGAGCUGGGAAUACGCACGGUUUGGCAACGCGGUUUAAGACUCGUUUCAAGAAAUAAACGUUUUUUGAGAUUUGUUUCUUUUGGAGAGUGUGUUUGCAUGUACGGAGGUUCUGCUCGCGCUCCCAUUGAAAGGCAAACUUCUGCAGGGCUGAUCUUCAGCGGAGCCGCAUUUCAUUUCGAGGUGAGAAACUCAGGACAAAAUGCCUCAAACACCACCGUUUCCAGUGGUGUAUGGGUCCAAUGGCUACAACAAGAAUCUCUGUAAGACCAAGGAAGAGGAAUACGGGGGCCUGUAUUACCAUGACAACAACCUGGUGUCAGGAUCCUUGGAAGCUCUUAUUGAGCAUUUGGUCCCCACUGUGGCAUACUAUCCUGAUAGGACGUACAUCUUCACAUUCCUGUUCAGUUCCCGUCUCUUCAUGCACCCAUAUGAGCUGAUGUCCAAAGUGUGCCAUUUGUGUGUGGACCAGCAGAGACUCAGUGAUCCUCAAGCAGACAAGGCAAGAAUCAGGAAAAUUGCUCCCAAGAUUCUGCAGUUGCUGACUGAGUGGACUGAGACAUUUCCCUAUGACUUUAGGGAUGAGAGGAUGAUGAAGAGUCUGAAAGAACUAACACAUCGACUGAGUACUGGAGAUGAUCUCUACCGUAAGGCAGUGCAUAAGAUGACACAAACGCUGAUCCGUAAGCUUGCCUCACUCGGCCAGUAUGAGGAGGCCCUGGCCAAGAUCAACGCCUCUGUGACCGACAGACUAACAGUGCUGAAGACCAAGCCUCAGUCCAUCCAGAGAGACAUUCUGACCAUCUGCAGUGACCCCUUCACACUUGCACAACAGCUCACACACAUAGAACUGGAAAGACUGAGCUACAUCGGACCAGAGGAGUUUGUUCAGGCGUUUGUUCAGAAAGACCCUCUUGACAAGAGAUGUUUUAGUGAUCACAAGAAAGCAAGUAACCUCGAGGCCUACGUGGAGUGGUUCAACAGGCUCAGCUACCUGGUGGCGACAGAAAUCUGCAUGCCUGUGAAGAAGAAACAUCGAGCCAGAGUAAUUGAGUUUUUUAUCGACGUGGCACGAGAAUGCUUCAACAUUGGCAAUUUCAACUCACUCAUGGCCAUCAUUACCGGAAUGAACAUGAGUCCUGUGUCGCGGCUAAAGAAGACCUGGGGCAAAGUCAAAACCGCCAAAUUUGAUAUACUAGAGCACCAGAUGGAUCCUUCUAGCAAUUUCUACAACUACAGAACUGCACUGCGUGGAGCCACGCAAAGAUCUAUAACUGCUCAUAGUAGCAGAGAGAAGAUUGUCAUUCCUUUCUUCAGUCUCUUGAUUAAAGACAUUUACUUCCUCAAUGAAGGAUGUGCCAACAGGCUACCCAAUGGACAUGUCAAUUUUGAGAAAUUCUGGGACCUGGCAAAGCAAGUGACGGACUUCAUGACAUGGAAGAAGGUGGAGUGUCCUUUCGAGAGAGACCGCAAGAUUCUGCAGUACCUCCUCACUGCACCAAUCUUCAGUGAAGAUGCUUUAUAUCUGGCGUCAUACGAGAGUGAAGGACCGGAGAACAACAUGGAGAAAGACAGAUGGAAAUCUCUCAGGUCAACCUUGCUGAACAGGACAUAAUCCUGUGAAUCAAGUGAACCUUCUGACAAGCAAGCUGUGUCCCCAUUUUGCCCCCUCCAAAAGUGAGAAGUAUCCCUGUUUUUCAAGGGAGAAGACAAUCCAUAUUUUGCUGAAUGAUGCAUUAUGUUGGAAAGAGCAGCAUCUUUUUACAAGGCCCUUCUCUUUCUGUCUUUCAUACUGGAUAUUUCAGGCUUUUUCAUCUCUUUUGUGUAGAAUUUUCUACUCCUGUUUUCCCUCUUUAUAAUGAAGAGUUGUUUUGAGCAGAAGGAGAAAUGACUUGGGGAUGUCCCUUGACUGCAAACCAAUUCCAAUCUACGCUGUUCAAAAGUAAUCCAAAUGUUGUCAAUGCAAACUCUCCCCAGACAUUUUUGUGUUAUUCCUCUCUAUUGACUCAACGAGUAUGCUGCUGGUUGGCAAACUCAAUUGGAACAGGUUGAAGAAAAAAAAAGAAGAUAAACCAGCAUUGUGUACUGGGUUCCAGUACUGUAGAUUUUUAUUGACCCAACAUUAAUUUAAGUAUAGAUUCAUGUUGUCACUAUAUUUUGAUAUUGUGUUUGUCAGUUUUUUAUGCAUAUAAGAUGUUAGUAAUGCAUUGCUCUAACCUCUGUGAGUGACCGGUGAUGUGUGAGUGAUAAACCCAUCAAGGGUCGCCGAAUGCACUGGAUGCUUUGUGAAUAAAUAUGUCAAUUCCUUAAUGGUGGAACCUGUUUUGUGAUAACUCGCCAGCAUAAAGCUCCCCUUUUCCUCCCUUUUUUUAAUGUGUUGUCAUGGCUUUACUGUAGAUAUAUGUUGACUGUUGAAGGAAAGACUGUUUCAGCCAUUAUUUCUACACCGUGAAGGAAAUAUUUAUAGAAGGAAACCUCCAUACCAUAGACGAUGAUGAUGUUAUGUCGUCCUCUGGUGGUGAAACAGAUGUACACAAUACAGAUUGGGGAUAGUGUUUUUUUAAUGAAGGAUUUUGUAAGCAACUACACGAAGGUUUAUUAUACCUGUGCUAGUUUUUACUGUUUUAUUAUUAUUUUCUGAUUUCCUUUUAUUUAUUUGUCUAUUUGUUCAUAUCUGUAGUCUUGUCUGUCUUUUUCAUUGUUUUGAAAUAUUUGAAUGAUAUUUACAAGCUUUAUUGUAUAUUGUUAUUUUGUACUAGGUACAUGUUUUAUAGCAAUCAGAUAUUGCCCUCAUAUUUUAUAAUGUUUAUAAAUGUUGUAUGAGGGGAAAAAAUAUAUGGCGGUACUAGCACACAAAAUGA